UCAAUCCGUAAUUACCAAAUCGCCACAGCCUAACAAAUGCAGAAGAGAGAGCAAAACAAAUCCGGUGGCUCAGCCGGUGGCGCCACCUCAGCGUCGGGCAAAAGAGGCCGGCCAUUCGGAAGCUCAGGCAACAACUUAGCCUCCUCCGGCUUCGGCGGUGACACCGUGGCACCGUCCAAUCUCCUUGGCCCAUCACUCCAAGUUCACGCCUCCUUCCUCGAUCAAAACAGUAAGAGAAUAGUUUUAGCACUGCAAAGUGGACUAAAGAGCGAGUUAACAUGGGCGUUAAACACUCUCACAAUGCUGUCUUUCAAAGAAAAAGAAGAUAUGAGAAAAGAUUCUCUGUGUAAAAUCUCCGGCUUACUCGAUGCUAUUCUCCAAGUUAUAGAUGAUUGGCGCGAUAUAGCUUUGUCUAAAGAGGUCAGCAAAAAGCCUAGGGUUAGAACAUUAGGUGCCAAUUCCGUGGUUACGGGUUUUGGGAAUGGACAGGAGGCGUUGGGUUCAAACAACGGUCAAGGCAGAUUAGGGUUAGGUUCUAAUAUAUCUGAAGCUCCAGGGCAGAAGAAUGUUGCAGCAACUGUUAAAAUUCGUCCUUCGGAUUGGUGGUUUGAUGAGAGUGGCCUGUUUAAUUUAGAUGAGGAGGGACGGGCUGAAAAGCAGCAGUGUGCUGUGGCUGCUUCAAAUAUCAUACGUAACUUUUCUUUCAUGCCGGAGAAUGAAGUCAUAAUGGCCCAACAUCGGCAUUGCCUAGAAACAGUGUUUCAGUGUAUAGAAGAUCAUAUUACAGAGGACGAGGAGCUAGUUACUAAUGCCCUUGAAACAAUAGUAAAUUUGGCUCCGCUUCUUGAUCUUCGAAUUUUCAGUUCAGCAAAACCAUCCUUUAUCAAAAUAACCGAGAAACGUGCAGUUCAAGCUAUCAUGGGAAUGCUGGGCUCUGUAAUUAAAGCCUGGCACUGUGCUGCUGCAGAAUUAAUAGGGCGAUUGAUAAUAAAUCCCGACAAUGAACCAUUUCUUCUCCCCUUCGUUCCGCAGAUACAUAAGCGCUUGGUAGAUCUUCUGAGCGUACAAGCAAUAGAUGCACAAGCAGCAGCUGUUGGUGCUCUCUACAACCUAGCAGAAGUUAAUAUGGAUUGCAGAUUGAAGCUAGCGAGUGAACGAUGGGCAGUUGAUCGGCUCCUGAAAGUGAUCAAGAUGCCGCAUCCAGUACCAGAGAUUUGCAGGAAAGCAUCAAUGAUACUAGAGAGUCUGGUCUCCGAGCCACAGAACCGGACGUUGCUGCUUGCUUAUGAGAAUGCAUUUGCAGAGAUUCUCUUCUCGGAAAGCAGAUAUUCCGAUACAUUUGCGAGGAUCUUGUAUGAGCUAACGUGUAGACCUAACAACAAAUAUACAGCAGCUCGUGGGGUUUGGGGUAUGUGAUUAAAAGUUUGAUCACUAUGCCAUCUGUAGAUUUUACCUGAAAUGGUGUUGUAUUUAAAUUUGAUUAAUGCUUAGGUUUGGUAAAUGCCAGCGGAAAUUGGUUAGUUCGGGAAUUACUGUUUUUGUUCUCUAUUUAUUACUCACGUUGUGUUGCCUUACAAACUUCUUUGCCGUGCUUAUGUUGUUGUUGGUUGUGAA